AUGUCCGUCGAUCGGCGUGGGCGCCGCGCGUCCGUGCCGGGCCGCAAGCGUGCUGAGCCUGGUGCGGAGCCGGAGCGUGUGCGAGCGCGUCCGACGGAGCCGGAGCUGCUGCCGGCGGAGGCGUCGCUGGCGCUGCCUGCGGAGGACGAGGCCGAGGAGGCCGACGCGGGCGACGACGAGGCGUUCCCUGAGCUGGUGAGCGGCGAGGACGAGUCGGACGUCGAGUCUGACGAGGCGCCGUCGCCGGACGAGGACGACGACGAGGACCUGCGGGAGGGCGAUGCGGCGCUGGCGCGCAUGGUCGCGCGUGCCCGCCGCAAGCCGGACGAGUCGGCGCCGCGGACGAACCGCCUGGGCAUCGACACGGCGGUCGCCGCGCGCCUGUACGGCGACGACCGCCACGACGACGGAUCGCACCGCGCGCGCGUCGAGGUGUCGCGGGCGACCGGGGUGCCGCGGCUCGUGUACCCCGAGAUCGAGCCCGAGUACGACUCGGACUCGAGCACGGAGGACGUGCCGAACCGCAUCGGCAACGUACCGCUCGCGUGGUACGACGACCUGCCGCACAUUGGCUACGACAUGGGCGGGCGGCGCGUCCUGCGCCCUGCGACGGGCGACGAGCUCGACAAGUUCCUCGCGAGCGUGGAAGGCGACGGCGACGCGUGGUUCUCGGCGCACGACGAGCGCACCGGCCAGGACGUGCGGCUGACCCUCGAGGAGCUCGACAUCAUCCAGCGCCUGCAGCGCGCCGAGGUCCCGGUCGAGUACGACGCCUACGAGCCCGCCACCGACUGGUUCACGCAGCACGAGAGCGCCAUGCCGCUGAGUGCGCGCCCCGAGCCGAAGCGGCGCUUUGUGCCGAGCAAGUGGGAGCACAAGAAGGUGAUGAAGAUCGUGCGUGCGAUCCGCCAGGGGCGCAUCGUCGCGCAUGCGCCGGGCAAGGAGCGCCCCGCGUUCUACGCCAUCUGGAACGACGCGGACGAGGCGCGCGCGGACCACCCGAUGCACAUGCCCGCGCCGAAGCUGCCGCCGCCCACGCACGUCGAGUCGUACAACCCGCCCGAGGAGUACCUGUUCAACGACGAGGAGCGCGCCGAGUGGGAGGCCGCGGCGCCCGAGGACCGCAAGCUGCCGUUCCUCCCGGCCAAGUACGGCUCGCUGCGCCAGGUGCCCGGCUACGACGGCGCGCUGCAGGAGCGCUUCCAGCGCUGCCUCGACCUGUACCUCGCGCCGCGCAUGCGCCGCCAGCGCCUCGACAUCGACGACCCCGCCGCGCUGCUGCCCCGCCUGCCGGCGCCGCGCGAGCUGCGCCCGUUCCCGACGCACACGGACGUGCUGUACGCGCACGCCGCGCGCGUGCGCACCGCGUCCGUGCACCCCAGCGGCACCUGGCUGCUCACCGGCGCGGACGACGGGUGCGUGCGCCUGUGGGACCUUGCGCUCGGGCGCUGCGUCGCGACGUGGGACGCGAACGCGGGCGUCGCGGCCGCGGACCGCAGCCCCGUGUACAGCGUCGCGUGGUGCCCGCAGCGCGCGUACGCCGUCGCCGCCGUCGCGAGCGCGGGCCGCCUC